CUAAAGCAUGGCAUAUAAAAAGCAUGAUUUUUCUUACUUUGUUUAAACUAAAGCUGCUCUACAAUUGUUUUUUCUCUUUUCAUUACAUUUCUCUGAUUAUAACUCAACUUUUACUUCAUCGUUACAUGAAAACUACGAGCCCAGCAUAAUGUGGUUUUGACAGCCCUACAAAUAUAAGAAAAUGAGAACUAAAAAAUUACAGAAAUCCAAUUUAAGAACAAGUUGUUCAUGUUAAUAAACUAUUUCAACAUUAUUCCAGGGUUUUGCCUGUUUCAUUGUUAUCAAAUAUAACCUUGUUCGCCAUUUUUGUUAAAAUAAGCAGAAUUCAAAAACAGAAGAACUUGACAUAUCACUCUUGCUUAAAACCACAGUUGCAUCGAUGGAGAAGGGGGACGGCGGAGGGGGAGGGGUUAAGGAGAAGACGACAGUUGAGGGGGACAUUGGUCUACCUGAGAUAGAGUUCUCGGAGGACCCUGAGGUGGCAGCAGUUCAGAGACAAAUCGAGGAUAUGAUAGACAAGGAUCUGAUGACUAGUAUGGAUAUGAUCAAGAAGACGAACGAGUGCAAAGACUUCGCUGUCAGAGCACUUGUCAGGAUCGAUGACCAGGGUGAACAGAUGGAAAACAUGGAAGAGGGUCUGGGGAAGAUCAACCGAGACAUGACUACAGCCGAGAAGGGACUGUUGGAGAUGAACAAGUGCUGUGGAAUCAUAAUGUGUCCGUGGAACAAGAGUGCCGACACUGAGAUCAAAGACUACGAGGCCGACUGGGAAAAAUUGAACAAGACGACCAAGCCAGUGGUUAAACAACCGGACGCCACCACAGCAUUCAGAGUGAUGCCGGGUGUGAAGCCCACAAUGACGGCCAAAAUAUCUGGCACGUGGAAAGAGGAGGAGCUGGAAAAGAACCUUCAAACAGUGAACGAGGCAGUGGGCAAUCUCUACAAGAUGGCCAAUGACAUCAGUGACGAGUUGGACAAGCAGAACAACGUGUUGGGAAGGAUUGCGGAGAAGGGUGCUAUGAAUAAGGAGAGAGUGAAUCAGGCCAACAAGAUUGCGGAGAAACUGCUCAAGGAGUGAAACAAAAUUGAGGGGCAUCGGAUAAUCCUAGUGUAGAAAAAUAAU